AUGCCUUUGAGUGGAAUUCUUGAAGUGGAACUGUUUGAUGUGUGGGGGUUUGACUUCAUGGGACUGUUUCCAUCGUCUUACAACAAUUUGUACAUAUUGCUAGUUGUGGACUAUGUUUCAAAAUGGGUGGAAGCAUCUGCAACACAUGCAAAUGACGAGAUUUCAAACCGAGAGGUGAAAAGUAUUUUGAAGAAAAUUGUGCAGCAAUCAAGGAAAGAUUGGUCUAAGAAACUCGAUGAUGCCUUAUGGGCAUAUAGAACAGCUUUCAAGACACCUAUUGGCAUGUCGCCAUAUAGGUUGGUUUUUGGGAAGGCGUGUCACCUUCCGGUGGAACUUGAGCAUCGGGCUUUUUGGGCUAUGAAGACAUUUAAUAUGGAUAUGGCAGCAAUUGGAGAAAAGAGAUUGCUACAAUUAAAUGAGAUGGAAGAGUUCAUAAAUGAGGCAUAUGAGAAUGCCAAAAUUUACAAGGAACAGACAAAGGCUUGGCAUGACAAAAACCUUGUUGGGAAAGAAUUUCAACCGGGAAAGCUGAAAUCGAGAUGGUCCGGGCCUUACACUGUUGUUAAGGUGUUUCCAUAUGGCGCAGUUGAGGUAACUAGUGAGAAGACUGGUAAUUUUAAGGUGAAUGGGAAAAGAUUGAAGCUCUACUUGGGUGGUCAUUUUGAGCAAGCAAAGUCUGUCAUCCUCUUGACGCCGCAAUGA